UUUACGCCUCAGCCACAAUCUGAUCGAUUCUCAUGCUUUCACCGUCACACAAAGGAAACAUCCGGCCCGCUUGUCUCCAGUUUUGGGCUUUGGGUCUCCAUCCCUACAAGACGUGGACUUAUAGUCUCUAAAACAAGUCGAGAUUUGGAGGAAUUUUGCAGAUUUUUUUCCCCCCUCUCCCCUGCAAUCAUGUACAGCAGCGGUUACUCCCAGGUGUCCAAGUCCAGCCCGCAGGCUCAGAAGAAGACGCGGUACCGGUCAAAGGGCAAGAGCUGCGGCUACUACCUGAGGAUCAUCUUCUUUUUCUCCUCGCUCAUUCAGUCGCUCAUCAUCGUCAGCCUGGUGCUGUUUUUGGUCUACGGUAAGACGCAGGACUCACCGUCCACCGCGCGCAUCCAGGACCUGGAGGAGAGCUUCAGCCGACUCUCCAUCGAGAACGUGGCGCUCAGGCACCUGCGGCGGAACCUGACCAACCUACUUAACGUCACCCUGACUGAGAAGACCCGCAUUGAGAUGGACCUGGGUGUGGUUCGACGUAUCUCCAACAUCUCUUUCGGUUUGAUUCAAGACUUGAACAGACAGCAGCAACAGACAAAUUCGGAACUGUUCAUGUGCAAGAACCAGCCGCGUACGUCUCAACCAUUCCAACCAAUGACGCCGCGAAUGUCCCAGCCUAUCAGCUGCAACUGUGGACAGCGGGACGAGGAGCUGAGAGCCAAACUCAAACUUGUGGAGUCCAACUUCACACAAACUACGGAAAGGAUGAGGAUGGAUCUGGACCAAAUUGCUAAAGAUCGCGACAACCUUAACCUCGAGGCGAUACGCCUAAGAAGGGACAAAUCCGUUCAUGAAAAGGAGAUCGAGUUCUCCCGACAAAGAUGCAAAGAAGACUUUGUCCAGUCCUUGAGCGGCGUCUCCAACGUCUCCAGGGCCUUCCUACAAAAGAUCGAGUCCCUCUUCCCCUCCCACAUCGCCUUCCAGCUCACCUGUCUGAAACAGCGGGAACACCUGGAGCAGAUCCGCUCCAACUGCACAAGUCUGUCCAGAGAGGUGGAGGACCGCUUCCAGUACUACUUGAACACCGUCGGCGAUCAGGUGUCGGAGAUCCAGACGGAGAACAGCCACUUGAAAGCAGAGAACAUGCGCCUGUUCGAUGACUUCCGCACGUGCAGCCUGAACCGCACGGGUCUGAUCCAAGAGCACAGACAAAACCGGGAGAAACUUCAGCUGAAACACGACCGGGACUAUGAGACGCUUCUCUUGGAGAAAAGGAGGCUCCAUGGAGACAUUGAAGUUCUGGAGAACAACGUCAACUAUAAGAAUAAAGAAGUUCAACACCUCGCAGAGCAACUUAAGCAACUCAACUUGUCCUGCAUGCCUAAGACUGGACUAGGUUCUGGGAUCGGUUCACGUUUUCCCUCACCAGGAUUAGGAUUAAACAAACCAGGCUUGGGCUCAACAGGUUUAGGAUUCAACACUUUAGAAUCUACUAGACAGGGCUCCUCCAGCCUAGGCUCAACAGGGUCAGGAUUAAACAAACUAGGAUUAAAUGGACAGGGCUCCUCCAGCCUAGGCUCAACAGGGUCAGGAUUAAACAAACUAGGAUUAAAUGGACAGGGCUCCUCCAGUCUUGGCUCAACAGGCUCAGGAUUAAACAAAUUAGGAUUAAUUGGACAGGGCUCCUCCAGUCUUGGCUCAACAGGGUCAGGAUUAAACAAAUUAGGAUUAAAUGGACAGGGCUCCUCCAGUCUUGGCUCAACAGGGUCAGGAUUAAACAAAUUAGGAUUAAAUGGACAGGGCUCCUCCAAUCCUGGCUCAACUGGGUCAGGAUUAAAUAGACAAGUUUCAACUGGGUUAGGUUCUUCAAGUUUCGGAUCAACUGGGUCAGGAUUGGGUAAACAGGGAUCAACUGGGUUGGGCUCUUCCGGUGUUGGUUUAACCCUGCCGGGAUUAAAAAGCCAAGGUUCAACUGGGUUGGGUAAACAGGGAUCCACUGGGUUGGGCUCUUCCGGUCUUGGUUUAACCCUGCCAGGAUUAAAAAGCCAAGGUUCAACUGGGUUAGGUUCUACAAGUUUCGGAUCAACUGGGUCAGGAUUGGGUAAACAAGGAUCAACUGGGUUGGGCUCUUCCGGUCUUGGUUUAACCCUGCCAGGAUUAAAUAGCCAAGGUUCAACUGGGUUAGGUUCUUCAAGUCGCGGAUCAACUGGGUCAGGAUUGACCGGGUUAGGUACCUCAAGUCUUGGCUCAGCUGGGUCAAAUCCAAGUUUCGGUUCAAGCGGAGCCAGCGCAAAUAAACCAACCUCAAAUCUGAACACUUUACUGGGCCUUGGAUCAACAAGUAAAAGUGGGUCGUCUAACUCUGGAUUUCCCUGGUUUGGGUCAAGUAACACAGGCCAAAAUAAGCCUGGAAGUGGAAUCGGAAGAGGAACAUCAAGUGGAUUUUCGCUCGGAACCGGAAGGACCAGUAGUCUUGGAGGCGGAUCAGUCAGCAUCGCCCAGCACCUCCAAGACUUGCAACGCAUCAUCAACCCCUCCUACUCCUCCGAAGAGAAGCAAGAUCUUUCCAGAAUGUUGGGUUAGUGGUCUGUCGUGAGGAGGAAAAACCAGGGCGCAGCUCCUCAUCCUGUCUUAUUAGAAAUAUACUUCAUAUCGUACUCCCUUCGAGGCGAGUAUGCACAUUCCAAACGACUAUACCGACUCCAGCACUUCUUAGUAUAACAUGUAUGUAUCCUAAAUACUCAGUAUUUUUCACUUUUGUAAAUACAAAGAAGGCUCUGUCCCUUUUUUUUAUUAAACAAAUCUACAUGAGAUAUAACUAUGUUCCGUCCCGGAAACAAGUGUUUGUCCCUCUGUGUGCGUCACCUAUUGUGUGGCUAAUGAUCUACAAACGAUCUGCUGGCGCCGGGUUUUAAUUCAUCCCCCGUGUUUAUGUUUACCUGCCAGCCUGUCAGAGGCACCGCCGCUAAACCUGCGUGAAAACAAUACCCCGCACUUGACCGGGAGAAGAACAUGGGACAUCCAGUGUUUAGACAAACUCCAAAUAUAUCUUUCCCAGCAAAUACCCACGGGAGCAGAUCUCUUUGUAUCUGAUGAGUGUCAUGACCUUUCACAAUAAAACAUUUCCCUUAAGAACGUA